GUGUUGUCAAAACGAGAUUUUUCCUCGAAACGUCAAAAAAUUGUGCGGAAAAUUUUCUCACACGCAGGAAAGGUUGCAAAAAAGGACUGAAAAGACGCAAAAAGUGCUGUAUUGUGUGGACGGAAGUGUGCAAAGUAGCAUCCAACACGUCGCGUGGUGUGCACGGGAAUGUGCUGGACGGGUGAAAUAAUGUGUGAAAGCUUGGGUGAAGAUUACGGAGGUACCGAGAGAAAUAUUCCAUCUUGAUCCUGACGUCAUUGGAAAAUGGUGAAAUAAAAAUACUUGACGCGCGAUUCCGGAGCGAACGACGAUUUUGUAGAAAGAAAAUCCAACUUGUGAAGAUUAUUUCCCCAGCCAGGAGGGAGUUAAGUGCAAAAUAAGCAUUCAAUCAUGGAAGGUUCCAGCAACAAUCAUCAGCAGCUUUACAGGUCUCUCCUGUCAGCAGUCAAGCAAUUGGAUGAGCAGAAAUCAUCAGAGAAUCUUACGGAAUUGUUUGGGGAGACAUUGCACCAGAAACGAUGGGGAUUUGUGAGAAAAUGCGAAUAUUUGAUCUAUCAGGACGAUGACGGCGUCAGCCCAAAGGCAAGGGUCCUCCUGUGGCGUAAGGGCUUCUAUGAGCCCAUUGCAAUUGCCAAGCGCUUGGUGCGCAGCCAAAUUCCCACGUUUGAGGAAAUGAGGCGCCUCGAGGGGUUCAUUUUGAGUGCCAUUGGGUGCCUAAAGGUUAUUUUUGUGACAUUGGAGCAACGCUUUGAUCUCAAUCUCAAGCAUUUGAUCAAUCUACGUAUCUUUGGGAGUGAUUUCGACCGAAUCACCGCGGAGGAGCAGAAAGAAAAGACUUAUCUGACUGCUGCUUCACGCACCUACGCCCUCGAGACCAUUCAUUCUUUGGCCAUUUCUCUGGGAGAUCUCCAUCGGUACUAUCUUGAUUUCUCAUUUCUCGAAGCAUUGGGAAGCGAUGCAAGUGGCCCAGAAUGUGCAGCUGUCUUCUAUUUUGAAGCUUUCAAACUAAAUCCAAAAGUGGGAAUGCCCCAAAAUCAACUGGGGACCCUCUACACGGGACACAAUAGCAAUCUUGAUUCAAUCUAUCACUACUUCUACGCUCUCGUGUGUCCAGUUCCCUUUGAUCUGAGCGAUGACAAUGUGGCAAAGUUGCUGCUUGAGAAUGCCACCUACCUUGAGCAUUUGGAUAUUGACAAUGAAGCAGACUACCAAGUGACUGUACGAGAUUUCCUUGCACGCUUCAUCCUCAUUGCAGACAUUUUCUUCUACGACAAAGAUGUGGCGGAUUUCAGUGGGCUCUGUCAUGCCCUCCUGGUGGACCUCAAGUGGCUGCUGGAAGAGAAGAGGACUCAUCUUACGCAGGAUAUGCUGUACAAGAUUGUAUCAAUUCUCUUCUUCUGCAUGAUUAAGCUGCAGAGCUUGCAGUCCGAUAAGGUGCAUCAUCUCAAUGCUUUUCUCCUGGCAAUUUGUGCUCAGCUCAUUGGAUCGUGCAUUCAGCGUGUGGAGGAGUUUAUACAGCAACAUGAGGGGCAAAACACCCUCUUCCGCGAAGCAUAUUUGCAGCAAUAUGAAGCUUACGAUCGCAAUGUUCGCGAGGCAAGACGGGAACGUCAAAAGAAGAUGACAGACGUGACAAAGAAAGCCCCAUCAAUGUCUUCCUAUUCUGAUCGCAAUAGUCUCUCCGUGGGUGGAUCGAGUCAAAUUGAGAAGGGAAAUCAGCAGCAACCGCCAAAGGAAGCCCGGAAGGUGAAGUCAACAAAGCUACGACGUCGUCGAAAGAGAGGACAAUCCACGAGUUCAUCUGAAAGUGAUUUAACAUCAAAUUUUGAUUCUGAUUCUGAACUAUCGGAUGUAUCGUCUGCUCUCUCGGAUACGGAAGAUGAGGAGGAGGAUGAGGAGAAUGCUCCAGGAGAUUUUCCCACUGAUAAAGCAACUUUCAAUGAUUUCUCCAUGAUUAAUCUCAAUGGUUUAACUUUUAAUGAAGUUCAACAACACGCUGAAGAUGAUGAUGAUGUUGUUGUGGAGGAGGAGACCAUUAUCUUCCCAACAGGAGAUAAUCCACCGGAGUUGACCGUGGAGGUGGCUAAAGAGGAGGAAGAAGCAGCCCAAUUGGAUGUGCCGAAGAAGAUGAAAUUCAAGCAGAAAUUCCACAAAGUCGAUCCGAAUAUUAUUGUGGAAUUUGCACAGACGGAGAUAACACUCAAGGCGAUUAAGGUGCUGUUUGAUUGGUUGAGAAAUAACCGGGAAAUCGUGAUCAGUUGCCAUCAGACAAACCCGGAAUUCAUCCAUCAGACCAUGACGCUGCUCAAUCACUUCAACAUUGACAUCUUCACCAGUAAGGUCUUCUUUGAGCGUCAAAUGCUCAAUGUGGGUGGAAUUAGGGAGAAUCUCCGGGAGCUCUUUGACGAGAGACUCCACAUUCCCAUUCACGAGGAUAUGGCACUGAAGCAGUUGCCGCUCUUUGUGGCCAAUCAGGAACAACUUGACUGGGAGAUUUCGUCAAAGAUGGAUGUUUCGGCGUGCGAAGAGAAUCUCCUGCGACUCUUCAAGAUGCUCGAUUUUGGCUUCUACAUUUGCAAGACGUUCAAAUUCAACUAUGUCUUUUGCACCAAGGGGAGGAUUUUUGUUGAGAAUUUCCUGGCGAAGAAGAAGAGACGCACAAAACGUGCCAAAGUCAAGCAAGUGGACACAGCGAAACGUCGUCAGGCACGUAUAAGGCCCCAAAGUGGACCCCCAAAGGUGGCCAGUGAUGCAUCCGAAGAUGACGGAGAGAGCAGCUCAGGGCGGAAGAAUGCAACAAAGAGGGGCUACUUGCGGAGCCGCAAUGCGGGGAAUGUGACUGAGAAUGAGGAACGCGAUAGGAAGAUUGAGGAUGGAGAUAAGAGUGAAAAGUAUGCGUUGAUGGGAAAACUCUGGCUACGGAGCGAGGUUAAAUCUCUCGAAUCCAAGGUAAAGAAACCAAAUGGACUUCACUUAACACCCUACCUUAUGAUGGAUUCAAAAUCACUCACGGAAUAUCAGACUACAGUGAGGAAUUUGGUUAAGGCUCGAAAGUUUGUUGUUCUCAUCCCAAAUGCCGUUCUUUCGGAAUUGGAUGAGCUGAAGAAGCACAGUGAUCGUGCGAGGAAUGUUAUCAGAUGGUUGGAGCAGGAAUUCAAGAAAGGCAAUCGUUUCCUUCGUUCGCAGCGAGAUCAUGAGACACUCCCCCUGCCGCUUAUAAAGACCCCUAAAAAGAUUGAUCGCGAAGCUUCAGUGUUUCUGCAGAUUGCCCAAUUUUGCAAUUACAUCGUAACAAAUCAAAUGAAUCCCGAUGGAAGUACAGAUGCUGUUACCCUGCUGACUGGAGAGAAUUUGGUGGAGAAGAAAUGCCCACAUUUCAGCUAUUAUGGAAUUCUCAAUUCAAUUCCCGUAAAAUUUGAUCAAAUUCAGGGAUUCUACGCCAAGUAUAGGAAGAAGUGAAAUCACAAUUGAAAACACAAAACUUGGUUAAAAAAAAAGAAGGAUUCAUUGAAGAAAACAAGACACACACACACUUAAACUCUGUCCAAAUGGCGCACAUAGAGGUGAUUAAAGAGGAAUUGAGGUCUCAACUCUUCUUCUUAGGAAUCAUCAGGAGGGCCAGACAAUGAUUGCAGCAUAUUCAAUUCAUUGUCUCCUUCUGUGAGAAAGAAUUAACUCUGCAAAACAAAAAAGCCAAAAGGCGAGUAAUUUCUUGUGUUUUUGGGCAGAAAGUUUGCGCGCGUGUGUGUGUGUGGAAAGAAUGCCGAAUUAAUCUGCAAAAAUGCAAAAUUGAGGAAUUGAUUUGAUGUCUCUCUCUCUCUAAAUCCCCAUUUCCUCGAAGAGAUUUUGCAGUGCCCGGAUCUGCACGGGAGUCAUGAGUUUUUAAAUCUCAUUUAUUAUUCUGUUUAAAUUGUUCCUUCAUCUGUUUCAUGCUCUUAUAACUUCUUUACUAAAACAAAUGAAAUCCCCCCUUCCUUUUAAUUCCCUUUUCUGCUUCAUAAUGUUGAUGGGAAAUCCUUGAAAGCAAAAAUAACAAUAAAAAAAACAUGUAUUGGAAAAAAACUAAUUAAUGGAAUUAAAUAAAAAAUAAAAUAUGAGUAAAA